UACGUCUACUUCGAGAACUCCUCCAGCAACCCAUACCUGAUCCGAAGAAUUGAAGAGCUCAACAAGACGGCCAACGGGAACGUGGAGGCCAAGGUGGUGUGCUUCUACCGCAGGCGUGACAUCUCCAGCACCCUCAUUGCUCUGGCUGACAAGCACGCCACCCUGUCAGUCUGCUAUAAAGCCGGACCGGGGGCCGACAACGGCGAGGAAGGGGAGAUCGAGGAGGAGAUGGAGAACCCAGAGAUGGUGGACCUGCCCGAGAAGCUCAGGCACCAGCUGCGGCACCGGGAACUGUUCCUCUCUCGGCAGCUGGAGUCCCUGCCCGCCACACAUAUCAGGGGCAAGUGCAGUGUCACCCUGCUCAACGAGACCGAGUCGCUCAAGUCCUACCUGGAGCGGGAGGACUUCUUCUUCUACUCGCUUGUCUACGACCCACAGCAGAAAACGCUCCUGGCCGAUAAAGGAGAGAUCCGGGUGGGAAACCGCUACCAGGCUGACAUCACCGACCUGUUGAAAGAAGGCGAAGAGGAUGGCCGAGAUCAGGCCAAGCUGGAGACCAAGGUAUGGGAGGCCCACAAUCCACUCAUGGACAAGCAGAUCGACCAGUUCCUGGUGGUGGCCCGCUCCGUGGGUACCUUUGCUCGGGCCCUGGACUGCAGCAGCUCCGUCCGACAGCCCAGCCUGCACAUGAGCGCCGCCGCCGCUUCCCGGGACAUCACCCUGUUUCAUGCCAUGGACACGCUGCACAGGAAUGUCUACGACAUUUCCAAGGCCAUCUCAGCCCUGGUGCCACAGGGCGGACCAGUGCUCUGCAGGGACGAGAUGGAGGAGUGGUCUGCGUCGGAGGCCAACCUCUUUGAGGAGGCCCUGGAGAAGUACGGGAAGGACUUCACGGACAUUCAGCAAGACUUUCUCCCAUGGAAGUCACUCACCAGCAUCAUUGAGUAUUACUACAUGUGGAAGACCACUGACAGAUAUGUCCAGCAGAAACGCUUGAAAGCUGCAGAAGCUGAGAGCAAGUUAAAGCAAGUGUAUAUUCCCAACUAUAACAAGCCAAAUCCGAACCAGAUCAGUGUCAACAACGUUAAGGCCGGUGUGGUGAAUGGCACGGGGGCGCCAGGCCAGAGCCCCGGGGCUGGCCGGGCCUGCGAGAGCUGUUACACCACACAGUCUUACCAGUGGUAUUCUUGGGGUCCCCCUAACAUGCAGUGUCGUCUCUGCGCAUCUUGUUGGACAUAUUGGAAGAAAUACGGUGGCUUGAAAAUGCCAACCCGGUUAGAUGGAGAGAGGCCAGGACCAAACCGCAACAACAUGAGUCCCCAUGGCCUCCCGGCCCGGAGCAGUGGAAGCCCCAAGUUUGCCAUGAAGACACGGCAGGCCUUCUACCUGCACACCACCAAACUGACGAGGAUCGCACGGCGCCUGUGCCGGGAGAUUCUGCGCCCAUGGCACGCUGCGCGCCACCCCUACAUGCCCAUCAACAGUGCGGCCAUCAAGGCAGAGUGUACGGCGCGGCUGCCUGAAGCAUCCCAGAGUCCGUUGGUGCUGAAGCAGGUGGCCCGCAAGCCCCUGGAAGCUGUGCUGCGGUAUCUUGAGACACACCCCCGCCCACCCAAGCCUGACCCCGUGAAAAGCAUGUCUGGUGUGCUGAGCAGCCUGACGCCCGCCAAGUCGGCCCCCGUCAUCAACAACGGUUCCCCCACCAUCCUGGGCAAGCGCAGCUAUGAGCAGCACAACGGUGUGGACGGCAACAUGAAGAAGCGCCUCUUGAUGCCCAGUAGGGGUCUGACAAACCACGGACAGACCAGGCACAUGGGACCAAGCCGGAACCUCUUGCUCAAUGGGAAGUCCUACCCUACCAAAGUGCGCCUGAUCCGGGGGGGCUCCCUGCCCCCUGUCAAGCGGCGGCGGAUGAACUGGAUUGAUGCCCCGGAUGACGUGUUCUACAUGGCCACCGAGGAGACCAGGUGGGGCCUCCCCGGGGCCGGCUGGCCAGGUGGGCGGGAACGGCCAAGGCAUUGCUGCCCUCACCGUGGCCUCUGCUCACAGGAAGAUCCGCAAGUUGCUCUCGUCCUCGGAAACCAAGCGUGCUGCCCGCCGGCCCUACAAGCCCAUCGCCCUGCGCCAGAGCCAGGCCCUGCCGCUGCGGCCACCCCCGCCCGCGCCUGUCAACGACGAGCCCAUCGUCAUCGAGGACUAGGGGCUGCCGCCGCCUGCCCAUGACCCCCGCCUGCCCCAGCCGGCCGCAGCCCCUCCCUCGCCCACUGCCCUCCUCAGUUGGUAGUGCCCCACCCCCACCUCACUCGCAGAGAAACGCGCUCCAGGAGGACCCGCGGGGAAGGAGAAGACGCUAACUUAUUCCGAGAAUGCCGGAGCGUUUCAGCUUUGUGUUUUCUUUCUGGCUGGAGCGGAGAUGUGGGCGCCUUUGCCCUGUGCUGUGGGCCCCUGCCCAGAGGCUGGGCCCCGAGGUUUCGUUGUGUUCUGUUGAAGGUGCCAUUUUAAAUUUUAUUUUUAUUACUUUUUUUGUAGAUGAACUUGAGCUCUGUAACUUACACCUGGAAUGUUAGGAUUGUGUGGCCGCGGCCGGCCGAGCUGCCCGGAGGGGUUGGCCCCUUGUCUUUUCAAGUAAUUUUCAUAUUAAACAAAAACAAAGAAAAAAAUCUCAUAAAAAGGAAAAAAAGCCA